CACAACUUUCAGUUCCAGCUCCGGAACCUGCCUGCUCUUCGAUCAGUCCAAUCCCGCCCUGGCUACGAUACGCGCGUAGCCUUACGCGAGACCUAAAAGCUGAAAACACGUCGCGAACACGGUCAAAAAGCUUCUCGUUCAAACUCUGUGCGUUUCACUAACUUCUAUGGUCGUGGGAGUCACAGAAUCGACGGAGUGAUCGGAUCCGAUCCGAACCAGAGAUAAACCUAAUUGCGAUCUGCUCCGGAUAGAUAAAACAGGCCUCUGUACGUUUUUCCAAUUAGCAGAGGCACAGAAACGGGCUAUCUGUGUGCCCCGUUAUCCGUCAUAGAUUAUAAUGAAUGCUGCAAUUUCUGUGAUAUCAAUUAAAUCCCGGUGAUGGCAGAUCUGUUGCAGAGGAACGAUGCCGGGCAAUAACAGUUGGUGACAGUUUCCGAUAGUGAUUUGUUACGUUCUGUUCUGUUUUUCGCGAUUGACUGGUUGGGUUGAUACCGAGUGGUUCAAACUGUGAUAUAUAUAUAGGGAUAUGUGGUUUUGUUGACUUGAUUGUCUUCAGUGGUUGGUGUAGAGCUGGUCGCUGUUUUUUGUUUUUUGAAAGAUGACGAUGUUGAAUGGGUUGGUGCUUUUGGUGGUGUUCUGGAGUGGAUACGUACAAGCCUACCACCACAAGAGCCAGCAGCCACCAAGGAUUACCGAACACCCUGUAGACACUACGGUUGCCAGACAUGAACCGGCAACCCUGAACUGCCACGCUAGCGGUGAACCAGAACCCGUGAUAACCUGGUUCAAAGAUGGCGCUGCUUUGCGAUCCGCGCCGCAUAGAAUGCUACUACCAGCUGGUAAUCUCUUCUUCCUCCGAGUGGUGCAGAGCAGGAAGGAGUCGGAUGGUGGGGUCUACUGGUGUGAAGCCACCAACCCCCUUGGAAAGGCCAGGAGCAGAAACGCCACUCUUAUUGUAGCAAUUUUGAGGGACGAAUUUCGAUUGGAGCCCCAAAGCACAAGAGUUGCCAGUGGGGAAGAUACAGUUCUCGAAUGUGCCCCUCCAAAAGGUACCCCAGAACCCCAGAUCACCUGGAGGAAAGACGGUCAAACCAUAGAAAUCCAGGGAAGGUACAAACUAGUCGAUGGUUCAAACUUGGCCAUCACCGACACCAAAAUAGCCGAUGAUGGGAGGUACCAAUGCAUUGCCAAGAACGUAGCUGGUACAAGAGAGUCUAGCGUAGCUGUUCUCAAAGUAUUCGUGAAACCCUAUAUGAUAAGACCCCCGGAAGAUGUUAAAGCUCUGGUGGGAGCCACAGUCGAUUUCUCUUGUGCCGUAGGAGGUGAUCCACUGCCUGGCGUUCUAUGGAGAAGAAACGCAGUCGGAGGCACAAUACCUUUGGAUCGAAUUAGAGUCGUGGAAGACGGAGUGUUGAGGUUAGAACACGUGACAGUCUCCGACCAGGGGACAUACAUCUGCGAAGCUGAUAAUUUUGCUGGAAGCGUUACAGCUUCCGCUGUUCUUACUGUACAUUCGGUACCAACCUUUACUGCAAGACCUCUUGCUCAAACUGUUGAAGCAGGACAAGAAGUUUCCUUUCAAUGCAACGCUGAAGGAAGCCCUAGACCCUUCAUCUUCUGGUCCUUCGAAGGCGAUAGAGUCCUAGUAUACCCUGGCAACCCUUCUGGUAACUUCGAAGCCUUCACCUCCAUAGAGGGCCACUCUACGCUCAUGCUGAAAAACGCACAGCUCCUCAACUCCGGAACCGUUAUAAUCUGCUCGGCCAUCAACGAGGCCGGAUCCGUAUCCACCAGAACAAGACUGACCAUAACCUCCAAAGAAGACAGACCCCCUCCCAUAAUCCUCAGAGGCCCUUCCAAUCAAACCCUCCCUGUUAAUUCCAUAGCCUCCUUGAUCUGCGAGGCUACCGGCAACCCCAAACCUGUCAUUUCAUGGUACAAGGAGGGUGUCCCCGUGUCCAACUCCCCCAGGAUCAACAUGUCCAACCCCAGCCUGAUCCAGAUAAGGGAUCUGCAGAGGGAUGAUUCAGGGAUGUACACCUGCGUGGUGUCCUCCAAGGGUGGUAAAGCCACCUGGACGGGUCACCUUCUGGUGGAGAACCCCAAGAAUCCGAACAUCAACUUCUUCAAGUCACCAGAAGCGGUGAUGUUGCCUGGUCCGCCUAGCAGACCCCACGCUCUGAACCAAUCGGAGGGAAGCGUGACAAUCACUUGGGGACAGAACAACAAGAUUGGUUCUUCCAGUCUUUUGGGGUAUCAAGUGGAAAUUUUUGGUAGAGAGUCAGGUAUGAUACCCACUUGGACGGUGGUAGCUCGAAGGGUGCCAGGUCCAACCUUCACCCAACAUCUCCUCACUCCAGGAGUCCCCUACACCUUCAUUAUCAGAGCAGAAAACGGUCACGGUCUUGGCCCUCCCUCUCAGAUGUCCGAACCGAUCAUAGUAGGCCCUGACAGCAACACAAACUGGGGAAACCCCGAAGUAACAGUCCUCAGCGAAGCCAGAGCCAGCUUGAUCCACAGCAAGAUAGUGGAACUCAACGAUGUGACGCCCAUUUCUUCAACCGUGGUCAAACUCUCUUGGGAGAUACUGGACGCAGAGUACGUGGAGGGGCUCUACAUCUACUACGUGUCCAUGGAGGACAACCCUAACGUGCCCAAGACUUACAGCAUGCUGACAGUUCUUCAUUCCGGAGGUUCCAGCAGUUUUACGGUGAACAAUCUGGAGAAGUGGGAGAAGUACCAGUUCUUCCUGGUGCCUUUCUUCAAGACUGUGGAAGGUCAGCCCUCUAACUCGAAGACCGUCAGGACCCUGGAAGAUGUUCCAGCAGAUCCUCCAGAGCACAUGGAGGCCAUACUGCUCAACUCUUCGGCGGUGUAUCUCAAGUGGAAAUCCCCCGCAUCCGAGUCUAUACACGGUGAACUGGAAGGCUACAAGGUCGAGAUAAAGGCUAAUGGUUCCGAAGCUGUUGAGAACAUAGACGUUGGUACCAACCCCACGUUACUCUUGGGCAACUUAACUGCUGGAAUAUCUUACCACGUCAGGGUGGCUGCUUCUACCAGAGCUGGGAUAGGACCUUUCACACCUUCUGCCACCCUGAGGUUAGAUCCUGCUUCGAGGGUGACCGAUAAUCAGCACCAAAGACCAAUGGGCACAGACUACCAUCCCGGCGAUUUUCUAACCGAAACCUGGUUCCUGGCCCUCUUGAUCUGCCUGAUAACCGUCAUGCUUCUGCUCUUCGCCGCCAUGCUCUUCGUGCGAAGAAGACAGAUGCUCCUGGAGAAAACGAUGACUCCCAGCAGGUCCAACGGUGGCGUCCUCUCGACCCCCAUGGCCCACAAGCAAGACACGCCGCUGUGGCUCGACAAAAACCUUCCCGAGUACACCUCCACCCUCCCCGACUAUUCCAAGCUGAACCAGCACACGUACGACGCCCAGAACGGCGUGGUGGCGCAGUGCAACGGCGCCUACCACGGCAUCAAUCUGCACCACAACCCCCUGCACGCCACUGACUACUCCAGGCCGGACAGGCUGGAGUACAAGCCGGAGAACGGAUACCCGCUGACCGCCCAGUUCAAGGACUUCAACAGCAUGCAGGUCCAGGAAUACGCCAGUCCGAACGUGGACUCGAACAGAACCUCGCAGAACGCCGAAUACGCUGAGGUGGAUCCAAACGUCGGAGCUCAUACCUCCAGCGGUACCACAUCGCCGGCCCCCUACGCUACUACGACGCUGGUGACCGGGGGAAGAAGGGUGGGGAAUUCUCUGAAUUGGUCCCCUCACAUGUCAUCGUCAAGCACAUCUGAAGAAUCUCCCUACCCAGCUGCCAACGGUGGCUACUACAACAGAAAAGUAUAUUCUGACUCCUAUUUCGCACCCACACAGACUCUGCGCAGAAGUAAGAAGGAACGGAAAAACUCCAGUGAAAACCCACCGGAUUUGGUGUCUCCCUCCCAGCCCGUUUACGCCAGAGUUGGCCCCCCUGGUUUGUCCUGGAAGAACGCAGCCCCUUAUCUGACAAGUUUUACGCCGCACAAACAGGUCUACCAUGCCUCGACAAGAAGCGAACCGGGUGAUAAUAUGCUAUAAGGUGCGAGGAAAAGUGAUAAAUUGCUUUCCGCUAGAGAGGUUCGAGUUGAAAAAUGGAAACGCGAGGACUUUUCGAAAUUGCUGUAAGGAAAGUACGGAAUUAUCUACAUAAUUGUUGAAUAAUCAUAAUGCAGGUAUUCUAUUUCAUUUAAAUAAUGUUCUUUAUUACGUACAGGAAUUUACUUAUCGCCAACAACUUCAUUGAUAUCGUGGACGUUACGGUGACGCGCUUGGCCUCUUGAACGUACUAAAUAACGUGGGUUUAUCAAUAUUUAAACAUCUUCGUAUUAUCAAUUCCCGCCUGAAAAUGUUCGAUAGAAUGCCGGCCAUCAAUUCGAACGUCAACUUUUUUUUAACACUGGUUUCCUGAAAUUCGAACAUAGAAAAUGUUGCAAUGUUGCCAUGAUUGUGGCUGCGUUCCAUAUCAAUCUUCGAUUAGAUUGAAGAGAUGUCGAUAUCUGCCGAAGUUCAUCUUGUAAAUAAAAUGUGACAUGUGAUAGACUUAUAUCAAACUAAAAAAAAAAUAUCAUAAAAAUGUCCUCUAGUCAAGUACUUACUUUCUUUUUCAUUUUUAGAGUUUUUCGUCUCGUUUUAGUUUUGUUUUCUGAAAUUCUGGGAUCCCAUCUCCCAAUUUCACGUAUUCCAGAGAAAGCCUAAAAUUGAUAAUGUAGCGGACACUCCUUUUGUACAUAGCUGUUGUUUUUUACUAUAAAGUUGUUUUUUAGGUCUUUCGGACCGCCUAUCUUCGUCCAAUACAAUAUUGUGUCCUAUUUGAGUACUUAUAUUAUACGAUUACAAUAAUGCUAUGAACUGCUGUAUAGAACCUUAAUCGGGGAACACAUCCCUAGAUGUAUUUCUGUGGUCGACAUGAAGCGCGAAAAACGCGGAAAUAUCAUCUGUGUUAUCUCUUUAAUGACCUUGAAGGGUUUCCUUUCUCGUUGCACUUUUUAAUCUGCACAUUUUCAUACUUCAUGUCGAGAAACUGUAUGAUAAAUUAUUAUUAUAAGUAUACAUAUGAACGUGUAUAGACAUAUCAAGAGCUGUAAAUUGUGACUGGUGUAAAAAAUAGGUUAGGAAUUUACUCUGAUUAGACAACCGUCAAACGAACUGACAGAUGUCAUUUUUUACACAGAAAUGACAUAUGUCUGACUGACAGAUGUCAUUUUUUACACAAAAAUGACAUGUGUCGGUUGCAUCUUGCGUUUUUCAGCUUCCAAAAGCCUGUAAUUCAUAGGUGGUACUGAUCUUAUAAGUAUUCUAUAUAAAAAAAAACCUGUACGACUUGUUUUUUAGGUCUUCCUAGGGUUAAGAAUCAUUGUGAGAAUAUGCUCAUAUUUUUAUAAAUAAUGUGCCAUUAAGUCAAUGACUAUGUUAUGUAAUGAAUGUAUGUACAGUAUUUAACGAUAAUAAAUUUUUAAACAUG